ACUUCCAGUGCGGUGACCUUUGUUUACGGUCUGUCUAGUCAAAAAUAGAACCAACCGCCCGCCGUGAAAACUAUAUCCUCCACCCGACUCCUUGGUCCAGAGUUUCGGUCGCUGCAGUGAUUAGUCGGUAUCUUUUAAACAUGAAUUCCGCCACAGCAGGCUGCUGUCGACAUGUCUGCACGGAGAGCGAUUUUCCACCACGGAGGCGACAACAAGUGAGCUAUAGCUAGCUGGUUCGCCGCUAACGCUGCUCGGUGACAGAUUAGCAUUAAACGCCAGGCUCUCGGACAGGUGAACAACGCAAACUGAAGCGGCUGAAGACGGAGCCGCUCGACAGCUAGCAAGUUAAGCGGUAGUUUUUCGCGGUGAAGACACCAGUCUCGGUUGCAUAAGCUAAAUCCAGAGUUAAGUUUUUCCCCCCGUUUUUAAAGCCAUGACCAUGGCCUGUAGUUUCCUAAACACGGAUGAAGCAUCUCCAGCGGCUCUGACAGACCUGUGUCUGACCUAUGUGAGCCAGAACUUGGAGUGUUUCUGUGUGAAGCGGCCCGACGGCUCUCUGUGCUUCAGAGAGGCUGUACUCUUCCCACAGGAGCUGGCAGACCAGCUGCUGGCCAAGAUGGCCACUGAAGGUCUGUUAAAUGACAGCACAGUGGGUGUAUUUCGGAACUGUGAAUACCUCCGGCUGAGACGAGCCUGCAUCCGUACAGCGCGUAUCUCCGCAGAGGCCUUCCAGAAAGCUCUCUGUCCUCACAGACUGUUGGAGCUUGACGCUGCCAGGGUCAAUGCAGACCUCACUAUUCAUGAUAUUCUGCAGGGACUGGCCACCAAUAAAUACUGUCAGGAGUCCCUCCAGCGACUUGGCUUAACAGGUCUCACCAUGUCCUCUCUGGAGGAACCAAUACGGUAUUGCUUCAGCUCCCUCCAGGGCCUUCGCUCACUCUCUCUAGCCAAUGUAGACUUCUAUGACUCUGGGCUAGUCGACGUGUGCUCCCUGCCUCGACUGGAGAGCCUCGAUCUCUCCAACACCUCAGUCACCAACCUCAGUCCACUGCUGGGCCUAAAGGAGCGGCUGCGCUCACUAACACUGCACCAGCUGAAGAGGCUGGAGAUGAGCACCGCUCAGCUGCUGGGAGUCAUACGCCAGCUGGAAGUGUUGCAGCACCUGGACAUCAGCGAUGAUAAGCAGUUUACCUCUGAUGUGGCUCGUCAGCUGCUUGGACAGCCAGGGAUCCUCCCUGCUCUUGUGUCCCUGGAUGUGUCAGGGAGGAAACAGGUUACAGAUGCAGCUGUUAAAGCAUUUGUUAAAGAGAGACCAGGGAUGACCUUUGUGGGACUUCUGGCCACAGAUGCUGGUUUUUCUGACUUCCUCUCUGGAGAAGGAAAUCUAAAGGUAACAGGCGAAGCCAACGAGACCCAGAUCUGUGAGGCACUGCGUCGUUACAGUGAGAGGGAAGGUUUUGUGAGAGAAGCUCUGUUUCAUCUGUUCAGCCUGACCCAUGUCAUGGAGAAACCACGGCCUGACAUCCUUAAGCUGGUUGUUUUGGGUAUGAAGAAUCACCCUGCCACUCUGAAUGUCCAGCUAGCAGCAAGUGCCUGUGUGUUCAACCUGACGAAGCAGGACCUGGCAGCAGGGAUGCCAGUCCGACUGCUGAGCACUGUCACUCAGCUCUUACUAGAGGCCAUGAGGACUUUCCCCAACCACCAACAGCUGCAGAAGAACUGCCUGCUGUCCCUGUGCAGUGACCGCAUUUUGCAGGAGGUUCCAUUCAACAGGUUUGAAGCUGCCAAACUAGUGAUGCAGUGGCUCUGCAACCAUGAAGACCAGAACAUGCAGAGGAUGGCUGUGGCUAUCAUUUCCAUCCUGGCUGCUAAGCUGUCCACAGAACAAACGGCUCAGCUGGGAGCAGAGCUGUUCAUAGUGAGGCAACUGCUCCACAUUGUGCGUCAGAAGGCUAAUCAGGGCGUGGUGGAUGCCACCCUCAAAUUUACACUGAGCGCACUCUGGAACCUCACUGAUGAAUCACCAACAACCUGCCGCCAUUUUAUUGAGAACCAGGGGCUGGACUUGUUUAUAAAGGUUCUGGAGUCCUUCCCCAAUGAGUCCUCUAUUCAGCAGAAGGUUCUCGGCCUGCUGAACAACAUUGCAGAGGUCGGGGAGCUGCACGGAGAGCUGAUGGUGCAAGGGUUUCUGGACCACAUCAGUACUCUGCUGCACAGCCCAGAGGUGGAGGUCAGCUACUUCGCUGCAGGCAUCCUAGCACAUCUGACUUCACGAGGAGAGGAUGCCUGGACGCUUAGCCCAGAUCUUCGAUCCUCGCUGCUGGAGCAACUGCACGCUGUCAUCACAAAAUGGCCCCCACCAGAGUGUGAGAUGGUGGCCUACAGGUCAUUUAACCCCUUCUUUCCUCUGCUGGAGUGCUUUCACACGCCUGGAGUCCAGCUGUGGGCAGCGUGGGCCAUGCAGCAUGUCUGCAGCAAAAAUGCCGCUCGCUACUGCAGCAUGUUGUUGGAAGAGGGCGGCCUGCAGCAGCUGGAGCGCGUUCACACACACCCACAGACCCACAGAGACGUCAAACGGCUGGCUGAGAGCAUACUGGACAGCCUGCAGCGCCACAGAGCCCGCACCGGCCAGCCUGCACAGACAAACACAAGCCGCCGCCCGCCACCACCGCCACCACCGCCACCUCCACAGUAACCUCACAGAGAACAGAAGACUGUCUGACCAAGAGGAGGACAUUAAAACAGGGAAUUUUGUAUGUGUGCGUGCGUGUCUGUUGUAUGCAUAUCUCACGCACACUUUAUCAAGAAUCCCAAAAGUCCACAUUGAAGGACAGAGACUACGCAAUUCUUUGCACACACACUAACCUUAUUUAUUUUCUUUGUGUUUGUUUCAAAACAAGAAUAUUUCUGUGUGCUAAUGUUGUGAUAAAAAUUAAAUUAUGAUAAGCUGUCAGUCAGUUAAGCUCAAAUCUCAACAUGAGGUUUGUGUUUGUGCUCACUCCUACUAGUGUGACUUUGGCAUCAUGAUGAUUUUCAUACCAAAAACAUGUCAGUGCACACGUACAAAUCUCAGUUUGGGAUUGAGCCCUCAGAAAAUCACUCUCCAGCUCCUGUGUUACUGAGGACUGAAUUGGUUGAUUAGCUCAUUAAAUAUACGUACGCAUGACGCUGCUGUGAGCUCAAGCAUGCUGGAGUUUGUCUGAAUGCUUGUACUGUUCAUUUUAGGAAUGCCCGCUUGUUUGUUUAUUGCAGUUUCCUGUUCAUUGAAACCCAUGCCUCCGGGUCUGCAAUACUACUGUUGCUCUCCUCUUCAUUUGGUCUUUUAUCAGCUAAUGCCUUUGAUUUGAUGUGACAGGACAUUUGCUGAGGCUGUAUUCAGUUGGUUCAGAUGUUCCAGACAUUACAGAUGAAAACCUAAAUUAUGGGGAAGGUAUAUCUCUUUAAGAAGCUCCAGUGCUAUUUCCUUACUAAACAUAUGGCAGCCCUCCAUCAGUCGCAUCAGUGGCAAAGCCAGCAGUGCUGUAAAUCAGAAAACCCAGCAUAGGAUUCACAAGAUUAGUAGAAAUUAUAGAGUCAGUUAUAUCUGUUUAAGUACAAAUGUGCUUUCUGGACUCAAAUGGCAAUAAUGACGUGGUCAGUAUAGUAAUGAUGGAUGUACAGUUGUGUAUUAAGUCACAGUUGUUUUCUCUUUGAGAAACUUUUGUAUAUAUAUUGGUAUGUUCGCUGUGCUUCCCAUUAACACGUCCAAGUGUCUUUAAGGCAGAGACAGCACUUUGCUGUGAGCAUGUGUGUAUGUACAUCUGUACAAGUAUUUGCAUCUUGAAGAGUGUAUGUAAUUUGUACAUAAUAGGAAAAGCAAGAGAAAUGGUAAUCGUUCAGGACUGGUUGACUUGGUUGUACGGAAAUUAUUCCACGGUAUGUUCCAUUGUUUGUCUUUUUUCAGUUUAUCUGAUACUUGGAGAACAAAGGGGAGGGGAAAUGGAGAAGAAACAGUGUUUACCUAGGAGUGAGUAGGGGGGGUGUUAUAGGAAAUUUCCAAGGGUAUUUCGCUGAAACCACUGAUGUGACAUAAGUAUCUUCCAGGAUGCCAUGGUACACUUCUGUUGUCCAGAGAAGACACUGUGUGCUGUAACAGCCGACCCUGACGCCCACAUUCUCUGCACUCAUUAAGGCUCCUGACACCAUUCUCUAUGCAAUCAAACGUAAUGUUACUUUUACAAACUGCUGUCAAAUCCCCCGAUACGACCAUGAUGACAUGACAAAGAAUUCUGAGGUGUGGAUGUUGACCUCAGCAAGAACAACAGUUACAGGUCCCAGGAAGUGUAUCUGUUAAUGGAAAUAAAUAUAAUAUACUGGACUACAAAUGGUACUUAAACAUAAGUGUUAGCAUAACAUACAUCACCUCAUCAGCUCAGUGAAUUAUGGCCUUGUUUUCUGUAAAUUUAUUGUUGUAUGAGCUUGCAAAUGAUGCAUGUGGCUGAUCUCAUCAGUUUCAACAUGGGCAGAGAGCAGCAUACUACACAGAACUUGUUUUUGUUCUUUUCUAUUGCUCCUUCUGAUAUGUUGGAUUGUUGAGCCCCUGAACAUCUCCAUGGAUGAAAGCCUGUUUUUUUUAACAAGAAUUUAAUUCAGAUGGAAAAUGCAAAAAUUCAAGAUACUGUAUGUCUGCUAUGACUGUGCCAUGUUGCUGCUGAGAGUCACGUUUUCAAGUUUGGAGAAAUAAAAGAAUGUACAUUCCCAUAAACUGGA